AUGAACGUGUGGUGGACGGCCGGCCGGCCGACGGCACUCCACGACGGCGGCGUGUGUUCAGUUCACCAUGUGAGCAGAGGUGUCGUAGCUGAUGCUGGAAUACUGGCUCAUGAGCAGCUCGACGGCGAGGAUGUAGGCCUUGCUAUGGAUGCCCAUGCCGUUGUUGGUGUUCAUGUGGGUGAAGAUGAACUCGGUGUUCGCCCUCUCCUUGGCCACCGAUGGAACGAGGAUGACGAGGACGAACACACCUGCGACGGCGGCUGCGGCUGGGUAGAGGACGGAGUAUGUUGGAAGAGGAGGAAGGAUCUAUUCACCCCGUUCGCGGCACUCGCCGCGCUCUUCUGGCUCUGGAUCACCGGCGCCGCCGACAGGGAGCGGAUUGUCACGCUGGCGCUAGACUUCCGCAAGCGGAUGUACGCGCCGCUGCCGUUGGGCUACUACGGCAGCUCCCACUUGACAUGCGCGCGUGCCGACCUCGUGUCCAGGCUGCCCGCCGUGGCCGCAACGCUGGACCGCCAUGUCGCCGGCGUGCCGAAGGACAAGCUGUGGAGUGCCCUGGAGUGGCUCCACGCGCGACAGCAGCAGCAGGAGGGCGUGCUGACGUGCGCGGCGCUGGACCACGUGCUCAUAUAUGGUGCGGAGUUCGAGGCCGGGGUGCCCCCAACGCGCGCGUCGAUGCCGCGUGGGCAGGGCCGCCGGCGAGGGGCUGGUGCUCGUCCUGCCCGCGGCCAAGGGCGGCAAGGCACGGGACGUGGUGGUGAUGCUGCCCGCGGAGGCGACGGCCAGGAUCUGCCGUGA